UUAAACCCAGUGUCCCCGCCGCCGAAAUACUGUGAUUUUUUUUUUUUUUUAAGUUAAUUUCAGGCAGUCUGAGCACCAGCUGUGAUGGACCGCUGGAGGGGCAGAGUGGCGCUCGUGACCGGAGCCUCGGUGGGGAUUGGUUCCAUCAUAACCAAGGAGCUGGUCCGGCAAGGCAUGAAGGUGGUGGGCUGUGCCAGGGACAUGGAAAAACUUCAGAACCUGGCUGCUGAGUGUAAAAGUGCCGGCCACAGCGGCGUUUUUGUGCCCUACAAGUGUGACCUGAGCAAAGAGGAGGAGAUUCUGUCCAUGUUUUCUGCCAUUAAAGCUCAGCACAAAGGUGUGGACGUGUGCAUCAACAACGCUGGCCUGGGUCGUCCAGAACCGCUGUUGAGCGGCAAAACAAGCGGCUGGAAGAGCAUGCUGGAUGUGAAUGUUCUCGGACUGUCUAUUUGCACACGUGAAGCCUACCAGUCAAUGAAAGAAAGAAAUGUUGACGAUGGGCAAAUCAUCAACAUCAACAGUGUGUGUGGACAUCAUGUGUAUAAUUUUGCUGAUGCACAUUUCUACACCGCCACCAAGUUCGCAGUGACAGCCCUGACUGAGGGUUUGAGACAGGAGCUGCGUGGGGCCAAGACUCACAUCAGAGCCGCCUGUAUCUCUCCUGGUUUGGUGGAGUCUGAAUUUGCUGUGCGCUUAUAUGAUGGGGAUGCUGAAAAGGCUGCUGUUUUUUUUGCUAAUCUAAAGGCAUUGGAAGGCAUUGAUAUUGCAAAUGCAGUCACUUACAUCCUGAGUGCCCCUCCACAUGUGCAGAUUGGAGACAUCCUGAUUGAACCUGUGGAACAGUCCUUGUAGUAUCCCAUCACGGCUGACAAACUCUCAGUCUGAUUGAUUUUUUAGCAUCUUAAAUUUAUCACUAGUUUUCAAAUUUGUACUGUAAUUCUGUG